AAUGGUUUUUUGGGUUUUUUUAAAUAUUUUUCCAUUUAUUUUUAAUAUUGAAUAUUGAUAUAUUGUAGUGCCUAGAAUGAGAGGUGUGUUUGGUCAAAUUAUUCGUAACUUGAUAGGUGACAGAGGUGAUGGUGUAGAGAUAAUUCCACCAACAACAUCAAACAGACGACACAACGAAGCAAAUCAUCCAAUUAGGCAGCGUCGUCGACGACAAGAGGAGGUCCAGGAUGAUGAUGUUGAGUCCACUGAGCAUGCACAUAUGGAGGAGGAUGUCCCUCAACCUCCACAGAUGGAGCCUGCCGCUGAAGAUAUUCAUGAUACUUCCGCACAUGCUGAUGAGUCGAAUGAUGCUGCUGAUCUUGAUGAUCAGGAUCAGCAGACCGGAUUUCCCGAAGGACCGACGAUCACACAUGUGUUGACACAGUACGAGCAUCACGUGGCUCGGAGGCUAUGGGAAGGAGAGGAUCGUGGAUCAUUAAAAGUAAUUACUCAUGGAUUGAAACUGAAGAAAUUUGCCGAAGUUCCUAUGCCAGCUCAUGUAGAGCAUUGAAUUCAGGAAUCUGGGCUGAUGCAUCUAUCUUCAGGCUACCUCACUAUGGCUGAUGCUGGGCUGAUAUCCGCAUUUGUUGAAAGAUGGCACAGAGAGACCAACUCAUUUCAUCUGCCAUUUGGAGAGAUGACUAUCACCUUAGACGACGUCGUGACUCUACUUCACAUCUCACCACAUGGUAAAUUUUUUGAUGCCCCUUUGAAUAUGAAUACUAAUAAUGCUGCAAGAGCUGCACAUGAGUACUUAGGUGCAACAUGGGAGGAAGCAUGUGCUGAGAUUAGUUAUAACAAAUGUGCCCAAUAUAGAUUGCAAUGGUUGCGUGAUUUAUAUAGCCGUCUCAUUCAAACUAACCAGUUUGAGUGUGCGGCUAGAACGUAUUUGUUGCAUUUAGUUGGCUGCACUAUUUUCGCCGAUAAAACACAUACGCAUGUUGAGGCGAAAUACAUUACUCUUUUUAUUGAUUUACAUCGUUGUCGAGACUACUCGUGGGCUUCCGUGGCAUUGGUUUUCCUUUAUGACAACCUGGGAGAUGGAGCUGUCCACGACACUCGACAGGUGAGAGGUUACAUGAUCCUAC